GUCUAUGUUGGCUUGACUUUCUGAUAGCAAGCAGGUUAACUUUUGGACUUCCUAAUGCUUUAGCCAUAUCUCGAAUUAUAAUUAUAAUUAUAAUUAUAAUUAUAAUUCGUUGAAUCUUUGCUUAAUUGCCACUUAUGGCUGAAUGUUAUCUCAUGUAAAAGGAGUAAUAAAAGCAGCAUUCCCGUAGACACUCUUGAGAGAUUCAACCAUCUCACGUUCUAUUCUUCUUUUUCUGCUUUGCUUGCCCAUACGGCUUGGAGAUAAGGGGAACAACAAGAAAUGGCAGGCACAAUGACGACAAUAAUGGACUGUUCUCUUCCGGCAGCCGUGUGUGCUUUGUUCGAAGUAGAUUGCUCAACGGCCUUUUAUAUCUCUGUCUUCGCGUUUAUCAUCAUCCCAUUAUGCACAGUCUUGUACUUGACAACGCAUAGACACAGAUCCUCCAUAGAAGGCUUCGAAGACUACCAGUGCGAGCAAAACAUUCUUCUCGCAACUUUAUUGCUCUUGGAAGUCUACAACUUUGCCAAUCUAGCAUUGUUCGAGCCAAUGCUAGCGCUAUGCAUGCUCCCAGUAAUCUCCGCAGAUAUAUUCAUGAUGGCGCUUGUGUGCAGCUGCAUGUUGUUGCACCACAUGAUGUUUGAACCUUUCCCACGACAGCUUUUCUUAGUCCGUCUGCUUCUUCCAGAAGAUAUUUUCGAAGAGCUACAAUGCGAUAGUAGCGAACAGACAGACGAUGGGGAAGAACCGGAAUGGGAAAGCGAUUGCACCACCGUAUGCGGCGAUGAAAUGGAGUAUGAACAAACGGACUACGGUGGUGAAACUGAGCCGCUGCUACGCGAGUGGAUGGCAGAGCAACAGCUGUUGUCAGAUAGCAUAAGCCAAAUAGGUGAUGAUGACGAUGGUGAUGAUGAUGAUUCGUCAUUUUCAACAUCUUCAACUGUGAAUAACGAAUUCAUCACACAAUGGUCAGGCUCUAGUGACAGCGACUAUGACAGCGACAGCUCUAUCUCACUUAACAUCAGCUACAGUGGUGAUUAGACGAUUAGACUGCUUUGUUGCAGGUCUUCAUUAUUGGGAAAGCCAGCGUAGGCGUACGGUUUGAAUACGGUUUGGCAAAAAGCAUAGAUAUUACUUUGAUACCCCUAUAGACUAUAUUAGACUAAAAUAGGCUGAAAACGCUGUAAAAUAGGUCCACAUGAAUAAUUACAAAAAGCGAUGCAUAGACUGUAUGAUGCUUUCUAAGCCACCUUGGAGACGUACGCAUGGACACAUCUAUGGAACACUAGAUAGACCCUACGAUUUUCUGAUCUACCUAAUCUCUUUUUUAAGUAAAAAAAAAAAAAAAAAAUAUGCCUUGUAUUGUGCCUAAUUGCCUUAUUCUGGGAAUAGCCCUUGUCUUAGAGGCCAUUCUGCCCACACAUCGGCAAACUUAUUCACGAAGCUAGCUUUUU